UGAGAGGGCACUUCAGUCUUGGAUGUGUCCAUUCCUCUGUUAUUUCAGAUUAACAGGCCGGAGCCAUCCAAGACGCCUCGCCGUGUUUUACGACCAGCGGGAAGAGGAAGCAGCCCGGGCCGGUACCUAGGUUUCGUCCGGAGCAGAGUACUCAUUGAUCCCGAUCCCGACAACUUGACUCAGAAUCGGGUCAUACCUCGUGUCACCAUGCGCUCCUCAACAACAUCUGCCGCUCUCCUAUAUCUGCUGGCGGGGGCUGUGUCAGCCAUUCACACCCCCCAAACAGUGUUUUUGGACAAGCAUCAGGCGAGCUCUGUAAUCUCCCGUUCAAAGAGGAACGUCGGUAACCCGGCUGCGACUUCCACCCUGGAGCAGGUUUGCAUGGAGAAAGUGUGCACUUAUGAGCAGGCCAGAGAGUACUUCCAGGACUCAUACCGCACGGAUAUCUUCUGGUCUGUCUACAUCGAUGGAGACCAGUGUGUAGGCAACCCCUGCAAGAAUGGAGCCAUGUGUUCGGACAGUGUGGGAGGCUAUGACUGCGUCUGUAAGGCGGGCUUUACAGGAGUCCACUGUGAAAAUGACCAGACUUUGUGCAUCGUGGAAAAGAACAAGGGAUGCUCCCAGUUCUGCAAACCAGGCUUCACAUCCUACGAGUGCUCUUGCGCCCGUGGAUGGAGACUCAGCCGAACGGACAGAAAUCUAUGUGAAUCUGCGGAGAGCUACGCCUGUGGUAAGGUGAACAGUCUGAGACAGUGGAAUGACAGACAGUCCCUCAUCAUCGACAACAACUUUGAGGGUAUUUCCUGUACUUCAACAGAGUGUCCCUGGCAGGCUCUCUUGAAGAGUCCAGAGUCACAAGGUUUCUGUAGUGGAGUCAUUCUAAAGGAUAACUUGGUCUUGACCUCGGCUCAGUGUGCCAACAAAUACAAAAACAGCUCCCUCCGAGUAGCAGUUGGCAAGCGCAGGACAACUGAUGAAGUAGGUGAAAGUACAUUGGCUGUAAAAGUAGUUCACGUUCAUCCACGCUAUGUGGAAGAUCGCCCUGAAAAUGACCUGGCUGUGAUUGAGCUUAGUGACCGCAUCACCUUUAAGAAAGAAGUGAUUCCUGCCUGUCUGCCAGAAAGAGACUUUGCCGAGAACAUUCUGAUGUCAGGAGAGUUACCUGCCAUGGUCACUGGUUGGAAAGAAUCCAAGGAGGAAUCUGCUUUUCAAGGUCCACUCACCCUCAACCAGCUGGUGUACAAGCCCCUGACUGAGUGUCUGGAGGCUCACCCCAACCUGAUUACCAAUAAAAUGGGCUGCACCACUAACCGGACCAACGCUGACUGCACCAUGAGCUCUGGCAGCCCCCUGCUCACAUUGUACAGGGGUGUGUUCUUCCUCACAGGGGUUAUUAGCCAGCCACCAGGGGCUGACUGUGAGAAAGGCUACAUCUUCCAUAAAGUGUCACGUCACCUUGGAUGGCUUCUGCCGCUCAUGGGCUCCCGUUAGGUGGGGUAGUCAGGGAGGUGAGGGAAGGAGGACAUGAAUGUUAUGGAAAAUAUAGUGUAAUGCAGGUGACUAAAUACUAAAAACAGAUAAUCAGGUUAACAUUUUCAUGUGUGUUCUUAUGUGGCUGCCUUUAAACAUUAUCCACCUCCUGUUAGAAAAUACAUUUUAACAACCAUAUAAUCUAAAGGUACUUCAUUUAUCCACAAGGUGGCUCUCUGUCAACAUCCAGAGACCCACUUAGUGUAUGUGUCCAUCAGCCAUGAGUCCAAAAGCAGCAAGAGAUGCAUUGAAUUAUUCAGCAUGUAUAAUAUAUAACUGUAAGUGAUGUUAUUUUUAUUUACCACUGUCCUUGUUGACAUGCACCUUGUAACAUUUCAAGUAAUCACUGUUUAACAGAUGUAAUAAAACCUAACACCACA